AUGGUCCGGAGGAGAGAGGAGGGACAGCGGCCACCUGCCAGUGGGAGCGCUACACUUUAUCUGAGCCACGAGGAGACAGAGUCAGGGCCUCCAUCAGACCAAUCAAACGGCUCCAACAGCUGGGCUGCGUGCCCUGCCCAGCAUCUCUGCAUCCAUUCUCCUGAGGUGUCGUGUGUGGUGGUGGGGGGUGGUCCUGUUCGCGAUACACAGGACAGGAGAUGGAUGCAGAGAUGGCUGGGCAGGGCACGCAGCCAGCUGUUGGAGCCGUUUGAUUGCGUCUGUGGAGGCCUGGCUCUGUCUCCUCGUGGCUCAGAUAAAGUGUAG